CACUGUAUAAAAGGAGCAGGUACGCAGACCUAGUCCAUCUUCUUCUCCUCUCACUCUCCUCUACAGCAGAAUCACCUUCAUCCCUGCAAGGAAAGAUGUCUUGCUACGACCUGUGCCCCACCACCAACAGCGUCGCCUGCCCCCAGCCCAUCGCUAACAGCUGUAAUGAGCCGUGUGUCCGCCAGUGCCCCGACUCCACGGCCUUCAUCCAGCCACCCCCUGUUGUGGUCACCUUCCCCGGCCCCAUCCUCAGCUCCUUCCCCCAGCAAGCCGUGGUGGGCUCCUCUGGAGCACCGGCCAUUGGGGCCAAUGUGGGGCUAGGGGGCCUCUACGGCGCUGGGAGCCCCUACAGCUAUGGGGGCUCUCUAGGAUAUGGGUCCCAGUAUGGAUAUGGGAGCUCAGCCCUCUCCACGCUUGGCAGCGGGUACUGCAGUCCGUACACCUACCGCCGGUCCAGCCGCUUCCUCCGCAGCAGCUGUGGACCCUGUUAGAGGCAGCAGAGAAGUCUCAGAAGAACCGCCCAUGAAGGUCCAAAAGCAGAGCAAUGAGGAUGGGGGUUGAGCAUUCCUGCCGCCCUGCAAUGGAGCUACUGCCACUUAGCAUUUCUGAUCUUUCUUCUAUUUUUGUUUACCCUUCAGUUUCUAUUGUUGCCUGUUCGGGCUUCCCCAUUUUUUUAAGCCAUAUGUUCAAGAACCAGCCUGUUUCAUAUGGACAUCACUCCUAAUGACAAGUAUCUUCAGCAGCAGCUGCACAACAGACAGAAGGAAGCCAGCUGUGGACAGCAAUACCUCUGAGCAGGACACUUGUUGAACAUUCUCUGACAUUGUCUGGAAACAGAUUUUUUCAUAUUCUGUGUUAUCUUGCUUUGCAAACAUAAGCAUUUCUUGCUCAUUAAAGUUUUGUUGCAUCACACA